AGUACAUGUCCUGUUGGACGCUGCCGACCUGAUCUGGUAUCCAGUAUGUUUGGAGUGGUUGCUAUAGGCAACAGUGUACCUGCAGCAGAGGACGGUGUGGUUUACCUGUAAACGGAGACGAGGAGGACGGAUGAGGAGGACGGACGCUGGACUCAGAGCUGAGGCGACUCAGAGCGGCUUCAGCAGAACGACGACAGGAAGGAAGUCACCAUCCUGCAAAUCCCAACAAACGUGAGGAUGGCGUUAGCCAGCGGUCACUGGCUGGAGAGAGAGACGAGGGGAGAAGCUCCAGGUCCCAGGUAUGGACACGCUGUGUCUGUGGCGGGAAGCGUCGCCUUUCUGUUCGGAGGAGCCUCCGACCUCAACCACGAGAUCGAACCUGUUUACUUCAACGACUUCUACAUGUUGACAGUGUCUCCGGACGACGUGACGUGGGAGGAGAUUCCUCAGAGCGGAGACGUCCCCGCGGCCAGAGAAGGACACGCCCUCUGUGUGGUGAAAGGCAAGUUGUACCUGUUUGGUGGCGUGUGCCGCCCCGACGCCACCGAGUGUCUCCCAGGAGUCUACAGCUUCGACAUCGUGUCCCUCACCUGGGAUCGCCUAGCAACCGGGGGCGUGGCCCCCAGAACGCUCGGACACAGCUCUGUCGCCGUGGGAGACAACAUCUACGUGUACGGAGGGAACCUGGGAGGAAGUCCGACCGACGACCUCCUGGUCUUCAGCACGGUGUCUCUCUCCUGGACGCCGGUUAAAACCAGUGGAUCGCUGCCUCCGGCCCUGUGUGGUCAGAGUUUCGCUCUGGUCGGCGAGCAGGCGUUCAUGUUCGGAGGUCAGGGAGCAGACGGACACUUCUGUAAAGAUCUUCACGUCCUCAACACAGGGAACCUGCUGUGGCAGAAGUGGGAGGUGAAGGGAGAAUCGCCCGCGGCCUGUAGCGGACAGACGCUGAGCGCACACCAUGAUAAGGACGUCUACUUGUUUGGCGGCAGAGGCAGAGACGAGGACGGCACAGAGACGUCAUCCAAUGAAAUCCACAAACUCAGUAUUGCCAAGAUGAAGUGGAAGGUUCCGCUGUACGUCGGGCUUCCUCCGGCUCGUCGACACGGACACACGGCCUUCAUCCUCCACAGUCACCUGUAUGUGUUCGGAGGGAAGAAUGAGGAGCAGGAGUUUAAUGACCUGAAGGUGAUGAAGCUCAUCAACCCCUCCGAGAGACAACCAGUGAUGAAGGAGAUCCUGUCAGAGUUUGGUCUGCAGGGAGUCAGCCACAGCUUCGCCCCCACAAAGGUUCCCAACGUCCGCUACGAGCUGAGCGAGGCGGCCUCGGCUCCGCGCGGCCGGAGCGGGAACACCGCGGCUGACGCUCAGGUGUUUGUCCACAGAGACUUCGGUGCAGUCCGAGAUGAGGCCAUGAAGAGGAUCCAGGCAGCGUUCGCUCUGCUGGACCAGGAGUUCCACAAACUGGAUCGAGAGAAGUCAGAGUUGUCUAAAGCUGCUGCUGCUCUGCAAAGAGAGAAGGAAGCUCACGAGGUCCACAGACAACAGCAGCAACAGGAGCUGCAGGAGAUGCUGGACAGACAUCGCUCUCAGAACGAGGCCUGGCUCCGAGCCCGGGCUGAGGAGAACGACCGGGAGAGGAGGGAGCUCUGCAGACUCCGAGAGGAGGUGCUGCAGGAGCAGGAGAGGCUGAAGGACGAGCAGAGCAGCGUCCAGAAACGCAGCGAGCAUCUGCUGUCCAUCAUGCAGCAGUUCAAAGGAAUGUGAGAUAGAUCGAUAGAUGGAUAUAUAAUAGAUCGAUAGAUAAUAGAUAGAUAGAUAAUAGAUAGAUGGAUAUAUAAUAGAUAGAUAGAUCGAUGAGGAUGAUAAACCUUCAAUAAAAAUAUGCUGAAGGAACAUUAAAGUUUUCUAUCUUGUACUGUUGCGUGUACACCGACAGCUCAGAUUAAGUGAAUCAGAAAUUCCCCUUCCCGGAAAUGGAAUCAGAGGUGGGCCACCAUAAAGUGUCCCCUGUCGGUCGCUCCGUUGGUUUGUGGUUUGCGACUUUACCAGCAGAUGCUGCCAGAAAAUUACAAACAUUACACACUGGGGCUAAUGAAAGGGUUCAUUACACACGAACCCUUUACCCGACUGAAGUCAAACGCAGCAUUAAAAUGAGAACAAAAUCAUAGAAAACGCGCGAUUGUCCGCCGUCUUAGGAAUUCCAGGAGAAACAUGACGAUACAAGCGGCGAACCGAUGGACGACCUCUUUCUUGUCGUGUUGUCGGCCUCCGACAGACCUCGAGUAAAGCUUGACCACCACAACUAUGAGAACUGUUUGGUUCCACCGCUGGUUUCAAGACGACCACGUCAACCUUCACCAUUCACUACACAACCAACUGAUCACGUUGGGAAUUUUCCACAAUAAAUGAAUGAACGAACAAAUGAAGGUCCUUUUGUUUUCUGUCUUGUCGUG